UCACGGUAAUACACGCAGCGACCGCAUCAGAAAGUCAAGGGGCUUCCAGAUGACGACGCUGGAACAGGCGACGAUGACCAUAUAAACCAUCAAGAGAAUGCCCAGACCCACAAACACAACAACAGCUUGAACGAGGGUGGGAGCCACGCUGAUGAUGGCCGCGAUCCACUGCAGCAGGACCAGCAGGACCGUCUCGCACCGCUUCUGGUAGGUCAGCACUCCACUGAGGCCCUUAUCGCGGAUGGCAGCGUCGAGUCUGUCCGUCAGGUAGGCCCCGCUGACCAGCUGGCAGCCGACGCUCUUGGAUGAGGCUCGGAGCUGGCCGCAGUCGUCGGCUGUGAGGGAGGCCAGCAGUUGCCUCUCCACAUCCUCAGGCAAGCCCAGUAACCAACACCUGCUGGGGACCGACUGACACACAAACACACACGCACACACACACAGACACACACACAAGGCCCAGGUGACGUACCCAAUGGAUUCAUGUGUGGUCAUCACGUUUGGGUGCUCACUCACCGUCGGUGCCGUCACUCCGCUACUCGGCAU